AUGGGCGUGACUUCACUUUUGACGGCGUUUGGCGGUCUCCUUGCUGUUUAUUUAACAGAACAAUCUGUGGGAAUCUAUGAUAAAUAUGCGGUUGCCACGGAUACACCGCUGUGCUCAGAAAUCGGAAACUACAUCCUAAAAGCUAACGGUUCAGCAGUGGAUGCUGCCAUCGCCGCCAUGUUCUGUCUGGGUGUGGUCAGCAUGCACUCAUCAGGGAUAGGAGGUGGGGGAGUGAUGUUGGUGUACUACCAAGCAUCGGAGAACGCCAUUGUCUACGACUUCAGAGAAACUGCCCCAGCCACAGCCUACAAGAACAUGUUUAAGGGCAACCAAAAUAAAUCCAAGACAGGUCAGUCAAUUCUUUCAGUUGACUGUGGCGCUUUUUAAAUUCGUUGUUGUUUUUCUAGAAUCAAGAUUGUGUUGAUUGCUCACUUGAUUUAACUAAACUCAUCAACGUAAUUUUAAUCAGUGCUGAUAUAUCGGUUUACAUGUUUUAAUAUCCAAUCCACCGAUAAAAAUUACUAUUGAUAUCUUUACAGUUCACUGAUCACACAAAAUCAAAUUUUCGUUGCUUGAUAUCAUUUAAGGUGGUCUGUCCAUCGCUGUUCCUGGUGA